AUGAGUAACUGUCUGGCUGCUGUGAGUGACAGGAGCCCAGAGCAGUGUAGCGGGAAAUGCAGGUGAAUUGCAUUUUGAGGUCUGGGUUGCUGUUUGUCACUCUGUCUCUUGCCAUUGCCAGGCGCAAGCAAUCUUCCUUCGCCGAAAGUUGUUACCCAAGAGGAACACUGUCCCAAGCUGUUGAUACCCUCUAUGUCAAGGCAGCAAGGCUCAAGGCAACCAUCCCAGAAGAUCGCAUUAAAAAUAUACAAUUAUUAAAAAAGAAAACAAAAAAGCUAUUUAUGAAAAACUGCAGAUUCCAAGAACAGCUUCUGUCUUUCUUCAUGGAAGAUGUUUUUGGUCGACUCCAAUUACAAGCGUGCAAGGAAACAGACUUUGUGGAAGACUUUCACAGUCUCAGGCAGAAAUUGAGCCGCUGUAUUUCCUGUGCUUCAUCGCCCAGAGAGAUGAAAUCCAUUACCAGGAUGAAAAGAAUCUUUUAUGGGAUUGGAAACAAAGGAAUCUACAAAGCCAUCAGUGAACUAGAUAUUCUUCUUUCCUGGAUUAAACAAUUCCUGGAAAGCUUUAAGUAAUGCAAGAAACCAAGUGGAUUGAUGUGAUUAUUAUUUUGAAAUACAAUGAGAACUACCAGAAAUCAAUUUAUAGCAGU